AGGGCGGUCCUGGGCAGAAAAGGAAAGUAUGGAUCACAGCAGUACGGAGUUUCGGAGAAUAUGAGAUUUGUAUAGUUAGUGAAAAAUCGACAGGAUUUUGAGACAAUAAAAUUAAUAUGGUUAUGUUUUUAGUAAGUGAGUAAAUAAGUAAGAAUUAAUUUGAUUUAGCUACACGCUCAUAUAAAAUUGCCUAGUUUUGAAUGAUUAGCUUCUGGACUUUAUCAUACAUUGAUGGCUUUGAUAGCGACUGAUCAGAACUGCAAAUCGGUGAUUUACGGCAGAGUUGGGUCAAGGAAAGAAGUGAUUCGAGGCCCUGGGGACGGUUUUAAAAGUACCAAAAUGCAACCAAAAGACACUGAGUAUUCAACAGAUGGACUACCCAAAGCCUUCCUACACAGUUUAAGGACUCUUUUUGAUAUUUUGGAUGACGGUGGACGGGGCUACGUCCACAUCUCAGAGAUUGAGAGCCGCUGGCAAGGCGCAGAGACCCGGGACCUGCCUGGUGGAGUGCUCGCCAGCCUCAGGAGGGUCACCCCACCGCAUGGCUGCCUCACAUUUGAGCGGUUCGUUGCGGGUCUGCGGUACUCCAUGCUUAACCCGGAGAACAGCUCCCACUUUAAGGCCCAGGCAGCUGUGCAACCGCAGCAGGCUCAGAAGCAGCCCCCGAAACCCGCCCCGCUGGCCACAUGCAGUGUCGGGACUCGUGUUGAGAACAAGGUCCGUCCGCUGGGGCCGAGCAACGUGACAAACAUCCAGCAGCACCGAGCGUCCUCCCUCCAUAGCCGUGCCAGACCGGAGGAAGGGACCGGGUACUCCGCGUGUGCUCCGGGCAGGUACGGCGCAGGCUUCGAGAGGUCCGGACGAAGUUUGGAGCGGAUUCCUGUUCCAGAUAGUGGGUGUUACCGAUCUGAAACGGGCCAUGCUUCCAAACCUACACAGCCACAGCACAGCAAAGUCAGGUCCAUUGAGUCUCUGGCUCUGGAGUCACCUCAGAUCCAAGAAUCAUGUGUUGUGAAAUCAGGUUUACCAAGAUCUCAGAGUGAAUCAGCUACAGGAUUUACUGGUGGUUCCAGGCGUCAUGGGCGGAGUCGGGAGGAGCAGAGGAGGCAUACCAUUUCUAAUGGAGUGGACUACGGAAUGCUGAAACAAAUGAAGGAGCUGGAGCAAGAGAAGGAUUCCCUACUUGCUGGCCUGGAAGUGGUGGAGCGCGCCCGAGAUUGGUACCAAAACCAAAUCCACAAUGUCUCAGAGAGACAGCGACAGGUCGGACAAAGCUCCCACUGCAUGGAUUUCUUCACAGAAGCCGGUCAGUCUCGCAUGAAUAUUCUCAUUCCCCAACUACAAGAAGUCAACCGCUGCCUUAAUGACCUGAUUUCCUGCUCUGGAAUGCAGUCAUUUCCUUCCAGCGGUGCUCAGACAGCAGUCCUUUCAACUAACUCCCAGCCUCCAGCCCCAGCUCCCCCACAAGCCAUCCAGAGACUGAAGGACCAAAACCGACUCCUCACACAGGAGGUGACAGAGAAGAGUGAGCGGAUUGCCCAGCUGGAGCAAGAGAAGUCAGCCUUGAUAAAACAACUUUUUGAGGCUCGAGCCCGUAGUGCACAGGACACAAGCACCAUGGAUUCCACCUUUAUCUGAAAACUGUCUCAGUCCACCUAAAUCCUUCAUCAGCACCAAAUAUCAGUCAGAAAACAUCAAGAUGUCAUGUCAACAUGUCUGUGCUGGCCUGGAGGAAGGAUGACUUAUGUUUACCCAAAUAACCAUUCAUGGAGAAAUGCACCUUUAGCCAUAACAUGCACGCAACCAUAUAAGACCACUCCACCCAAAAUCUAAUCAUGCACUACCCAGAUAUAAACACUCCUGACCUAAGUGACCCAAGAGAUAAGCUCUUUGAGGUUCAUUUUUUUUUAUUUUUUUUUUUUUAAAUUUUGCAGCAACACUAAGCUGAAAAGACCGGAGCGCUCAUGAAAUGAGACGGGUCUCAUGAUCCCAAUCACUCCAUUUCCUGCAGGAUUACAGCAUCUGCAAGAUCUCCACUCCUAAAAGACUGUUUGUACUGCUGCUCAUUUUCUUGAGGAAAAGAAAAGGACGAAUUUCACUGCGACGCAGCAGAAAGCUGUUUCAUAGUAAGGGGACGGGUUGCUUCUGUUGGAAUAAAAUGCCAUACUUCUGCAAACAAAAACAAAUCAGCUGUAUCUUUUUUUAAAGUUUGAUACUAUGGCCUAAUCAUUAUAUAUAUAGUAUUUCUUUCCUUUCUCUGUAAACUGAUAAUAACAUGUUUACCUGAAAUAUCUUCCUAGUUUUUGCAGUGUUUUAUUUCAAACACUGGGAAAGGAAUUACUCUAAAAGCAGUAUUUUUUCGAUUAGCAUGUUAUAUGUGGACAUUUCUCUUUCUCUUUCUUCUUUGUUUUCACAGUUGAAAGUGUCUGGAGGUCCUUUUGCACAUGUACUACGAGGAUGGGUUGAAAGCUUCAAGCUUAUCUGUAAUGAUGGCUGUUAUGUUCAGUACUUUGUGCAUUUGAGCCUGUUGAUAAUAACUAAAGCAAACAAAUCAGCAAACGUCAUCAGCAUGCACUUUUACUUGCUGUGAAGUUUAUUCAUAGGCUCAAGCGAAGUUUAUCGGCCCUUUCUACUGGGAAGCCAGCACGUUAAACUCUGCACCAAGUCUGAUACGAUUGUGAUACUGAUUCAGACAUUUGCAUUCUUUCUGUAACUGUCAGGACUACAGUGCAUGUGUUAAACAGGCUGAAGACAUUAAAAAGUUUGGAGAGCCGUUUAAAAGCCGACGAGAUGUGAAGACAGAGAUAGAUUAAAACAAUCUGGAAGUUUGUACGUUAAAGAUAGCUUUGAAGGAUGAGUGUGGUCGAUGGCAUAUGUGUUGGUAGAUGACUGAUAUCAUGUCUGAAACAACAAUAGAAAAAGUUGUCCCUUUAGCGAGUUAGUGCUACAAAUACUCUGCAUGUCUUUAUACUCUUGGCAUGGGUCAUAUUUGCAGCUCAAUGAAAUGUUUCCUCUGAUGAGAUUUUAGUUUGAUAUCUGGAUAUGAAACAUUGCCAUGUUUCUGGAAACCUGUAUUGCCCUUGUACAAGUCCCUAUUUACAAGCAUUAGCCUGGAAACAGAUGGUUUUAGAUUUAAAUACAUGAAUUUGUCCACAAGUUUACAUAAGUAUAUAGUUGGUGGGUGGCUGUAGAGCAGAAAACAUAGUAGUUUUAUAAUGGAUCUGUAUGGUACUGCUGGGAUGUCUGCACAAUAUCCGUUUACAACUUUGUUUGAUUGUAACUUCCUUGCUGCUCAAACUACAUUAUGUGUGAAGCUCUUUUCUUCUGCUUUCCACUGAGAGUACUAAAAACGUCAGGAGAAAUGUCAAAAUAAAAGUGCUAAACAGUA